AUGCGGCAUCUCCCCCUCCCGGCACCUCUCCAACGCCAAGCAUCUCUUCCCGCUGCCCAAGCCCUGAGCCCCAGCGCAAGCUCCGGUCCCCAGAUCCCCGCUGUGCCCAUGGCGGCGCGGACGCAGGCGUGGCAGUUCGCGGCCGCCUUGGCCUUCUUCCACGGCUCCGAGUACGUCCUCGCCGCCGCCUUCCACGGCCACAGCAACGUCACCGCCACCUCACUUCUUAUCAGCAAGCAGUAUGUUUUGGCAAUGAGUUUUGCAAUGGUGGAACACCUGACAGAAAGUCUUUUCUUCCCAGAAAUAAAAGGGUAUCUGUUUGUCAGUAAUAUUGGCCUUCUGAUGGUGCUUGUUGGUGAAAUUAUUCGUAAAAUUGCUGUUGUAACAGCUGGACGUGCCUUUACACAUGUUAUACGGAUUCAGUAUGAAGACCAGCAUCAGUUGGUAACUCAUGGAAUUUAUAGAUUUAUGCGGCAUCCUGGGUAUUCAGGCUUUCUUCUAUGGGCAGUUGGAACGCAGGUUAUGCUGUGCAAUCCAGUAUCUACAGUUGUAUUUGCAUUGGUGUUGUGGCGUUUCUUUGCAAAGCGGAUACCAUAUGAAGAAUUUUUCUUGAGGCAAUUUUUUGGCUCUCAAUAUGAAGAAUAUGCACGGAAAGUGCACUCGGGGUUACCAUUUAUAAACUGA